AUGAAGUUCAUUCAGUCUGAGCAGAUCUUGGAGAUCCCUGAGGGUGUUACUGUCAACAUCAAGGCCAGAACCAUCAAGGUGACUGGUCCAAGAGGUGAGUUGACCAAGGACUUGAAGCACAUCGAUGUCACUUUCGAGAAGGUGUCUGACAGGGCUAUCAAGAUCAUCGUUCUUCACGGUGACAGAAAGCACGUCGCUGCUUUGAGAACUGUCAAGUCUUUGAUUUCUAACUUGGUGACCGGUGUUACCAAGGGUUACAAGUACAAGAUGAGAUACGUCUACGCCCAUUUCCCUAUCAACGUUAACACUGUUGAGAUUGACGGUCAGAAGUACGUUGAGAUCAGAAACUUUUUGGGUGAGAAGAAGGUCAGACACGUCAAGAUCUUCGAUGGUGUCACCAUGGAGCAGUCUACCACCCAGAAGGAUGAGUUGAUCAUCUCUGGUAACUCUUUGGAGGCUGUUUCGCAGAAUGCUGCUGACAUCAACCAGAUCUGCAGAGUUAGAAACAAGGAUAUCCGUAAGUUUUUGGAUGGUAUCUACGUUUCUGAGCGUGGAUUGAUCGAUGACAACUAA